AUGCUGGGCUUUGAUGUCAUUUUGAGACUGGAUUGGCUAUCAAAGUAUGGAGUGAACAUAGAUGGUCGCAAGAAGGAAAGUGUUAGAGAGGGUGCACAAGCGUAUUUGGCUUAUGUUCAAGCUAAGCUUGAAGUCAAGGCAAAGUUGGAAGAUAUUCCAGUGGUGCGCCAUUAUCCAAAUGUUUUCAUAAAAGUCACGGGAUUUCCUCUGAAUCGCGAAAUUGAGUUCACCAUCAACUUGUUACCGGGAACUCAACCUAUUCACAAGGUACCGUACAGUAUGGCUCCUACAGAGUUAAGAGAGUUGAAGGAGCAACUUCAAGAGUUGCUAGAUUGGUGUUUCAUCCGCAUAAGUGUGACACUCUGGGGACUGCCGGUGUUGUUUGUGAAGAGGAAAGAUGGGUCUAUGCGGCUGUGCAUAGAUUAUCGUGAGCUAAACCGAGUGAUAAUUAAGAAAAGUAUGCCUUACCAAGAAUCGAUGAUCUAUUUGAUCAACUCAAGGGGGCUUCGGUAUUCUUAA